GCGGGUUUGUUAUGGUCUGCAAGUCACAAACUGUGUGUGUUGAAAUGGUCCUAUCUGCCCCUUGCACUCAAUAUGGAUACGCUGUAGCUGGGUCUCGCAUGGAUGUACUACAAAGACAAGAGUCGGGAUGAUGACGCUCCCAACGUGACAUGCCGAGGGUGAAGGAACAUGAGGAUCAAGGUGUACAAUGUCGGUGACAGAGAGGUGGUCACAUAUCACAUCAUUCUUCUGUUGGGGGAAAUUGAUGACUGUCUGGACGAUGGCGUCCUGGAUGUGUGGAACUCCAAUGACAUGUCCAGGCGCCGCUACCAGUGGCCUGUGGUUGAGGGCUGCUUUAAGGUGCUUAUGGAGCUGAAACUGGGUGAAAACAUCCUUAGUGUUCAAUUUGAGGAUGAGGUAUUGACGUUGUCGCUCAUAUUUGAAGAACCCAAAAUUGCCCACUUUGUCCGCCCAGUUUAUAUUGUAUUGUCUGACGAUGAUGGCUAUUUUCAAGGCCCUGAUGACGAAGAUUGCUCACCUACUAGUGCCAUUCGGAGGAUUACACUUGGAGCCCAGUUGAUACAGACAUUCACUGCAGAGAAAAUGAAAGAACACGGUUUUGGCCGGCAGACAUUCCAGCUGGAAACUGGUGAUGACAAUGCCCCUUUGUGUCACUUAUUUCGCAGUAAGCUAACAACAGAACAAGCAUAUGCUAUGUCUGGGAAUGAUCUGUGGAGCCAUUUUGCCAAAGAGUUGAUGACAUCCCACUUACGAAAUAAGGACAAGUGCAAAUGGUAUUGUUUUAUGUCUUUCACUCGCUAUCAGCCUCCUUCUGAUACCGACAUUCCAAAGACACACAGUGAGAUAUUACGCUACACAAAAGGACACACAGCAUUAGGUGGUGGUGGACUGGCAUUGUUUGGGACUGGGAAUCUCCACACAUGGGCUGAGAGUCUCGAUGAGGUGUACGCACGCCUCACUGACUGCCGGAAGAUUAACAGGAGGAAGUAUAUGGAUGACAGCGCAUACAGGGAGUACUACUGGGCCAACUACGUCACAGGGCUGGGGGCAUCUCUCCACGAGCUUGGACACACCUUUGACCUUGCACACACACCUUCAGGGAUCAUGGCUCGAGGUUUCGAUGACCUCCACAAAGUGUUUACCAUCCAGCGGCUGCGGAGCAAUGGCGCUAGCUCUGGACGACAGCGCUACAACAGCAACAGCAGCAGCAUAUCAAGGACACCCUCCAGCAGCAGUAUAGAGGGCUCCCCACUCUCCAUGUCGCUAGAAGCAAAUCAACGAAGAUAUAAAGAUGUCUGCUAUGGCAGUCCUUACAAGCGGAUUUCCCGGUCAAGCAGUAGCAAUAGCAUAUACAUAGCCCCACCCCCUCUGGUUGUCAAGGUGGAGACAGGAUUCAAACCCGUGAAAUCCCCAUCAAUGCUUACUUUCUCUGUGAAGAACUAUGAUGGCUCCGAGACCCACAGAACUAUAGCUCAGGACCCAGGAGGAGAGACAGUGACAGAGCUCAAUGUGGCCACGGACGGGAAGCUCCAUAGUGGAAAGGCCACUCGCAGAGAACGUCGCCCCAGUUCAUGUUCCAGUGUGGGGUCCUCUGCCAGCCUGUCCCCAUCUUCCUCCACACCCUCCACACUCCCAAACUCCCCCGAGGAGCCCGACCUUCGACUACCUGAUGUUCAGUUUGCUGAUGAUGGCGCCCACUGGUACAGAUCUUCUGCAGUUGUACUCAGGUUUCACAGAUGGUUUAACAAAGCUAGAACAGAUGAUCCAAGAAAAAAUCCAGUUCUUUCCAACAAGUGCCACAUUCUGUCAGCAAGUGGACUACGGCUGGUGGAGCUCCGGACAGACCCUGGGGGACUUGUGUUUCAUCACUGGGAGUUCCUCCAUGAGACUCCACCAGUGGACUUUACACUCAAGAGAUCAAGGGUCAAGGCCAUUCCAGAGGGGACCACCACAGCUACUGUCAUGGCAGAAGAUACCUUUGGAAAUAUUUUAAAGAAGAGAGUGAAGAUAGAUGAUUUUGAAUGAAGCUGCUUUAUGGUAGUCUGUUAAUCAGUUCAGGAAUGGCUGCAAGAAAUGGCUGUUGAUUCAGUCUGACAAUCUGACAAUACUGCAUGAAAUGUUGCUUAUAAAUGAAAUAUUAUGGGACUAUCUACUGUUGAUUUUGGGGACAGCUGCACUUACUCUCCCCUGCCUCAACACAAACACGUUCAUGCACAAGUUUAUUUCCUAUUUAAUCCAAGCUAGAGGCUAUAAUCUUAACCUGAUAUUCCAUAAGUUCUGCGGGUACAUUUAUUGUUUUGUUGGUUUUGUUUUGUUGACGUAGCUUUAUGUUAUAUACACAUGUUAGACAUUUAUUGUGAUGUAUUAUUGUUUAUUUAGUAACUGUCCAGUAGUGAGUGACAUGCACAGGAGGAAAGCUACCAGCAUAAUGAACCCAUACGCACAGGUUUCAUCUAUUGCAAUUUGGAUAAGUAAAUAAAAAUUUAAUUUUUGUUCAGGCAAAGGAAAACUUACUUUUUGGAUCUGUUGAUUCUAAUUUGGUCAUCAUUUGUUGCAACAGACAAUGUAAAUUAACUUACCCAGUAUUCAUUUAACAGAAUCUGUUUUCAGUUAUACUUUCUUCUCUAUAUAUUUUGCAUCAUUUGAAAAUAUUUACGUAUUCAACAUCUGAAAAAAUGACAUAUGACUGACAUUGUGAGUUACCUCCCUUCCAUCAGGUGCCACAAUGGCCAGUCAGUACAUACACUAGUAUAUUGCUCACACAACUCACUGACAGUCGUACGCAGCACCACGCCUUCCUAGGAUUGAUUUCUGCUUUGUUUAAACCUCAUGCCAACUGUUUGAGACCCUUAGUAUAUGCACGUUACAACAGGUGAGAGUAUUCUCACCUUAGAUGUAGGCACUACUUGCAGUACAACUAGGUAUCCCUGAUACUGAUUGUGGUGUUCACACCAUGCAUCCGAUCCACUAUCUUCCAAUACAAUGACUAAGAUACAGAUUCCUAAUAUAUUUUACAUUUCCGUGUUUGUGUAGACCUGGUGUCCCACACUGUCUACUUAGAAACCACUCAACACAGUUUAUUUGGGGAUUGCCUGCCUGAUGUUGUUAAACUCUGCCCAUAUUUUUCUGCUGGCACAUUAUUGCCACGUGUAAUAUUACUCUAUGUGUUCGUAUGAUGAAGCAUCAAAAUAAGCCAUCGUUUGAAAAACACUGUUUUGAAACUUGAAAACAUUAUUUCCCCAUGUCAGUUUCACACUACAAAAAUGAUUGUGAGUUUUGCUCGGAGUGAUAGAAUUGUGUCCCAGGUUACUGUUUUUGAAACGUAAUGGUUCAGGUAAUGAUGGGACUGACAGAUGGUCAGCUGUCUGAGGCUGGUCAGUGAUGACAGGUGUGGUCACCCAAUGUCUACUGAAUGAAAGAGUGACUAUUUCUAUACAGAUAUUUUUACAUGUGUCAUUUUGUACAAUAUAGGCUUUUGUAUUCUUUUUUGAAUGGUGUGUAUAUUUUUUCUGUUAUUUAUGAAACUUUUACUGAUAAAUGGGUAUUGUGUAGAGAUGGUCGAUGGAAUACAUAUAGUGAUGUCAGCGUAUAAGAAUAAGAUGUCAUUGCAUUAAAGUAUUAAAAAAAUCAGACGGUUCAUUUUUCUGUUUUUCAAGUAACAAGGCAUUUUCAGUUCAUUUUAUGAAUACAAGGGUCUGUCCACUCUUUUCCUAAUUUAAAAAAAAAACACAUUGGGGUCAGUAGUUUUUUUAUCAUUCAAUGUGGUAACAAUGACUUAAUGACUUGAACUACAAGUUACACAAGGUGUUCUGAUAAUCAGUAAUGUAUCAAGGACAAAGUUAUAUGUGUUUCAUGGCCAUCGUGGGUGCCACCAGUUGAUAUUAGUCCAUGUAGUUACAGCUGACAGCUGUAGUUUCAGUUUCCCUGUAGUCGGAACUGAUGGGUCAGGACGAGCACAGGAAUGCUGAUCUUCCUUCCUAACAGACAAACUCUAGGAUUCUAUUGGUGACAUUCUGCCUUGUCAUGCGGCAGGCAAUCAUUAGACAGGAGCUUAAAAUAGGCCACAAAAUACCCACUAUUCUGAUCUCACUUGGCACCAUAUAUACACCAUCUCCAUCUCAGACAAUACUGGCAAUACUGAAUAAAACCUGUGUUCAUGACUAUUGUUUGGAUAAUUGACACAUGUCAUCAUUUCUUGCUGGUGACAUCGUGGCCAAAGGAUUCACAAGGUUAACAACCCAUUUACAUUAUAGAGAUAUCAUGUGGAAGGAGUCAGCAUUCCUCGGCCGGCCGGGCUGGCAGUGGGACACACUUGACCUCUGUUGUAGUCAGGGAUGUUCCAUCCUAUACUUCUCACUGGUGCUUCUCAUGUUUACAGUCUUAUUUCUAUGUUGUUGAAGCUGAUCUAGUCACAAGUAUGACAGUCAGGUAGAGUCACCGUCAACAGUCCUGCAGCAGUGGGACUACCCAUCAGUGAUCCACAGAAAGCACCAGGACCUUCUGCUCGACCAGGCUCUGACCUGGUGCCUUACCUCUGCCAAUCUCCAACAUAACGAACAAGUCAGUUUAGUGUUCAGGAAAACAUUGUUUGUUGGAAACCUAUCCUGAUGAUCACCAGGACUAAAUGCAUUAAUGAAGAGAUUGUCCUUCACCCUCUCCAUAUUGCACCACAUUAUUAAUUUUCAAAGUGAAUCGCCUUCUGACAUUGUUUGUAUUGUUGAUCAAAACUGUUUCAUAACAGAAUCAUUUGUGUUCACCUUGCAGGAUUUAUUUUACCAAUACUUCCCUGACUCUUGAAAUGUAUACUAUAUUAAUGACAUAUUUAUGCUGAGUUGAAAUAUAGGAGAUGUUAGAAUCAUCAAAGAUCCUUGUAUUUAUACAUCUUGUAGAGAGUAACAUUUACAGCAGAAUCAGAUGUAAAGCUUGAACAUUUUGUAGCACUUCCAGUAUGCUCAAAUACUAUCAUUCCAUUACAGCUGUAUCAUUGUAUGCAUGUGUAUGGUAUUUACAGAGGGUGUUACAAACAACAUCAGCUGAUCAUAAUUAGAGAAGGAAAACCCCUUGUAAUUAUUUGAGGAAUACAAACUUUGUAUUUUAUUUAAAAAUAUAGAAAAGCAUGAUCAUUAAUAUUUUCUGUAAGUUGAACGCAAUAUUUUAUAGUGUGUAUCUGUAUGGUUCGUACUGUUGACUUCUGUGUAGUUAGUACCCUGGGAUCAGUGUACACACAGUGUACAGCCAGCUAGAGAAGGGUGAGAGGCGUGUCUUACUGCACCAGUAAAAGGGAGCUGUCAAGGGGCGAGUUU